AUGACCGACCCAACCCCACCCCUCCUCCGCCUCCCCAAAGAACUCCGCCUCCAAAUCUACGACUACAUCCUCUCCUCCCACACAAUCCACAUAGCCGGGCGCAUCGACCCCGACCUCCUCGCCUACCAACGCCGCACCCUCGCCCAACAAGGCUACCUGCAACCCCUCGCCCGCUCAACCUACACCAAAGCCUUCCACACCCUCUGCUCCAACGGCGCCAUUGAAGCCGAAGCCUACUCCCUCUCCACCCUCCCUGUCGUAUCACCUACCCAGCGGACACCAUCCCACGACCGCGCGGAUCUGGUAUUGAGAUCGUACCACUGCCGCCACAAACCCUGCUUGGACUUUAUAUCUGAUUAUACGGCGAACGACUACUCCCGUUCUCUCACCCCUUCUCCUUGCGAUGAUGAUUGCCGCGCUUUUCGCGAGCAGGGGAGGAAAUGUACGCAUUACGCUCGUUUGUUGAAGGCUCACGGGCAUGCAUCCAGCGGAGGUCUGCGAGUCUUGCAUCCGGCUUCCCGCCUGGACUUGAGUCUCCUCCUCGUCAACAAACAGAUCCACGCCGAGACGAGACUGAUUCCGUAUGCGAGGAAUACAUUCGACUUCACCGACCUCGAUGUCCUGUGGACUUUCGUAGCCUCCAUUUCCCCCGAGCAAGUCUCCGCGCUGGGGAAGAUUCAACUCUCCUACUGGACGGUGGGUAUGCUACGUGAAGCGCGCAAGUCCCUUCCCGGCCUCAAAUCCGUCAUCAUUGAUCAUUCGCAUCCGCAAUCUCCAGAGUCGGCGUAUGAUCGCAAGGCGUAUUUGAAUUAUACCGUCGGACAGAACGCUGGGUCGACGGAAGGAGUGGUGGAGAGAGCGAUGGUAUUUUGGUCGAGGUGCAGAGGGAGGGAGGAAGGGUGGAGUGGACCGGAUGAGUUUAGGGAGAAGAGGAGGGAGGAUGCGAUUGUCGUUGAGAGGGCUUUGAUGGGUGUGAAGGAAGGGUCGGGGAGGCUGUGA